AUGGUACUGGAUGUUAACACUCCUAGACAGAUUAACUCAUGUGUUGCUUUGGCUAAUGGUACUUCCUGUUUAUGGUAUGAAAAUUCUUGCUACCAAAUAACAGGUACUACUUGUAGUGCAAUUACUGGGGCUGAUCUGAAUCAUAAUAUAUGUUUCUCUUAUAACAAAGGCUGCACCUCAUUAAGUGAUGGCACUUCAUGUUAAGAUUAUAAAUCAACUUGCGAGUAGUAUUCAGGAACAACUGAAUCAUGUACUUAAUCCAUAAAUGUGAAAUGCUACCUCUAUAAUUCAAAUACUUGCAUUACUAUUUUAAAUGUUUCUACUGAUUGUGCUAAGAUUACAGGUGUAUCAUUAACUUAUGAAAUAUGUUAAUCAUAUAAUUUGGGAUGCAGUGUUAAUAGAGCUAAGACUGCUUGUGUUCAAAAAGCAGCAUAAUGUUCUGGAUAUACAACUAAUAUGACUAAUUGCUAUCAAGCAGGAGAAGGAUUAUGUAUUGCAUCCACUAGUAAUGAUUAAGCAUGUGUGCCCGCCUUAAGUGUAUCUACCUGUGAAACAGUAUUUUUAGGAACAGACAAUUAUACUCAUGAUAAUUGUAGUGCAAUCAAAGCUGGAUGUACUGUAAAUGGAAGUACAGGAUGUAUGGCUAGAACUUGUGCAAAUGCCACAGGUUUUACAUUUAAUCAUGAUAAUUGUUAUUCUUGGUUGAAAACUUGUACAGCUAAAUUAGACUAAUAAUGGUUGCACUAUCAUGACUGCAAAAUGUUCAGAUUAAUCAUCUACUUAAUGUCUAAAUGCAAUAGAGGGAGUGUGUUUAGUGUUUAAUUCUAUUUGUAUUAGAAAAGGAUGUGA